AUGUCUCGCUUUCUUAUUUUACUUGUCUGCUUGAUUCAACAUCCUGAUUCUUUGAAUACUGUUGAAAUUCUUGGUCUUUUCCCUGAAUAUCAUGAUGUACUUUCUCGGUAUUUGAACGCAAAUCAAAAUUCCCAUUGGUCAAUUCAAUCUAUGGAAAUGUUUCGCGCAGCUAUUAUUCUUGCCGAUCGCUACAAGAUCUAUGUGGUUGGUCAUCUUAUCAAUGGCACUAUUCUUCAGACAAAUACAAAUAGUAAUGGUUUUGCUGAAUUUGAGCUUGUCUGUCGAUCAAUUACUAAUAAAACAGAACUGCAUGUUCUAGGUGUUGACGGGCCAACAAGUUCAACUAGUGCACGCUAUCUUGCUCCAUUUGCGGCACGUAUAGGUUUACCCCUUGUUUCUUACACUGUAACUAAUGCUGAUCUUGACGAUACAUUUAAUUAUCCAACAUUUUAUCGUACUAUCCCUUCGGAUAUCCUUACGGCUGAAGCUAUUGUGAAAUUGCUCAAAUAUUUUUCGUGGAUAACUUGUUCAAUAAUUAUUGGAAAUGAUGAUUAUGGUUAUGGUGGAUUGAAACUAUUAUCAGAAGUUUAUUAUGCAAAUUUGUCUAUUCAAGAGCGAUUAGUAUUUGAUCCACGAGUUGAUAAAUUUCAAGCUGAUUUAAAGCAAACAUUAGAAAAAAGUCGAUCUCGUAUUGUACUAGUCUGGGCUAAUCAUAGUUCAUCUACAAGAAUUAUUCAACAUGCAGUUUUUGAAAAACUUCUCGGUGCAAACUACGUAUGGAUAACAACAAAUAUGGUAAAUGUAAAAUAUUUUAAAUUUUAA